AGUGAUCAAAAUGUGUGUUGUUUGAGUGCGGAGGCAGUGAAAGUGCGCGAGUGUGUGUGGUAUUUUUUUAUGCGUUCUAAAAAUAAUUAAAAUCGAGUAUAAAUAAAAAAAAUUAUAUUAAACAAUUUGAAGAAAAAAAACUGUAUUUUAUUAUUAAAGCAAAGUUAACAAGUGAAAGUUAAAAUGCCGCAUAAGAAAAAUAAAAACAAGAAAAAGUCUCAUCAUGCACAGGUCAAUACCCCACCUCAAACGGAAACGGCUGCAGAUUUGUGUGAAGAUUUAAAACAAUUGAAUUUAAAUAUGGAGGGUGAAGCUGCUUCGUUGCUCUAUACUAUAGCCAUGUCUGAUAUUUAUGGACGUUAUUUGGUGGCCAAGCGUAAUUUAAAACCUGGAGAGAUCUUGAUCACGGAGAAACCUUUGGUAGUGGGUCCUUGUGUUUCAGGGGAUCCUGUUUGUUUGGGCUGUUAUAUGCCGGUGACUUUGAAGGCGACACAAUAUAGAUGUCCCUCCUGCCAUUGGCCCAUGUGUGGUCCCGCCUGUCGUGGCUUACAUCAGUUGGAGGGUCAUUCCACCUACGAGUGUGAACUUUUCAAAGAAGAGGACACCGCUAAACCCCUUCAAGACACCGCCUCACCGGUCAAAAUUAAAAAUCUCUAUGAAUUGGUGCUGAUUGUGCGUAUACUCCUAAUGAAACAACAUUCAUCGGAGUUGUACAAGCGCAUUAUGGUGAUGGAGUCACAUUUGGAAAUGCGUAAACAAAAUUUAGAGCUGUGGAGUCAUUAUGAAAGUAAUGUAGUGACAUAUUUACUUGACAAUUGGCAUAUGGCGACACAAUUUACGGCCGAAGAAAUCCAUACGAUUUGUGGUAUUUUGGAUGUAAAUUGUUUUGAAAUUGGUCAAAAUUUUGCCAAAGCUCGUACUUUAUAUCCUAGUGCUUUCCUAUUGGCUCACGACUGUUGUCCGAAUACCUCGCACACGGAUGAUCCCAAGACGUAUGAGAUUAUUUUGAGGACAUCGAGGGAGGUGAAGAAGGGGGAGGCUUUGACCUUGAGUUAUGCGUAUACAUUGCAGGGUACCUUGAAACGUCGUGAUUUUAUGCAGGCUGGUAAAUUGUUUUGGUGCUGCUGUAAACGUUGUUCCGAUCCCUAUGAACUGGGCACCGAUUGUAGCGCUAUUAAAUGUAUGAAAUGUAAGAAGGGUCUCAUAAGGGCAACCAAGCCAUUGGAACAAGAGGCGGAGUGGAAAUGCUCCAGCUGCCCUCAAAUUCUGUUGGCCUCUGAGGUUGUGAAACUUUUGGAUAAAAUCAACAAUGAUCUCGAAUCUAAAGAUGUGCAUGAUGUUCCGGGUUUAGAAAACUUUUUGAUAAGAUAUUCUGAAGUUCUGGGACCCCAUCAUUAUCUGCUGUUGUCUGCGAAAUAUUCUCUGUGUCAAUUGUAUGGCAAAAUUGAGAAUUAUUUAUUGCCCCAAAUGUCUUUGGAGGAUUUGCAAAGGAAACAACGAUAUUGUAAGGAAUUUUUGGAGGUUAUUGAUAUAUUAGAGCCGGGUUUAACAAGAUUGAGAGGUUUAAUCAUGUACGAGCUGCAUGCCCCCAUUAUGAUGAUCUCCCAGUAUUUGAUGAUGAACAAUCAAAUUGAUCGCAAACAAUUUAAUCGCAACAUCAAAGAAGUCAUACAACUUUUAAAGGAAAGUGCUUUGAUAUUGAAAAUGGAACCUCCCGGAUCUACUGAACAUCAAAUGGGUCUGGCAGCAGCAGAUGCUUUGGAAAAAAUGGGUGUAAAUUAAAUAGAACUUUAUUGUUUGACACAAAGUUAGGAAAUUUGCAAAGUUUUGUAAAUGUUUUAAAUAAAAGAAAUUAUUUUUUUUAAUCUAUAAAAGACAAUAA